AAUAGUGUCAACGACGCCGAGAAGAGUUGUCUCCUAAUGCUGGGUUCAUUUUAACUGAAAAUGAAUUUUCUCGCAGUGCUCAAUUCUCGAGCUGCAGGGCGUUUGUGUUUAUACCGGUACCAAUCAAUGAAACCUAGCUAGAAAAACAGAUCUUUGAAGCACCAAGCCUAUGUAGAUUUGCAUUUCAUUGGGGAGGAUGUUAUAACAAUUGCUGUUGGAGAGUUUUGCCUGUAUAGCUUGAUUAGUGCAAAGGACUUGAAUAUGGACAAGAGCAAUGCAACAAAAUUGCUGGAUCCGCGAAACCUUUCCGACUCUUUUGGCGAUCAUAGAGAAGUUUCUUUUUGGCAGGUCCCUCAGUUAGUUAUGCUGACGUCACUGUUUCUGCUGAUCGUCGUAGGCAAUGGAUGUGUCCUGCUGUCGCUGAUAUAUUCCGAAAAUGGCAUAAAGACCCGGAUGAACUUCUUCAUACUGCAUUUAGCGAUAGCAGAUCUUCUGGUUGGUUUGGUUAUAGUCGGACACGAUAUUGUGGAAAAGGUGCAGAUAGAUUUUAAUGGAGGUUCAUUUCUCUGCAAAUUACUGCAAUACAUUAAGGUAGUGGUGAUAUACUCCUCCACGUACGUGUUGGUGUCUAUGAGUAUUGACAGGCUUGAUGCCGUGGCCAGACCAAUGAGAUUCUCUCGCAGAGAGUUCAGAGCAAAGGUCCUGAUCGCAGCGGCGUGGAUUCUCUCAUUUGUUUUUGCACUACCAAUCCUUGUCCUGUUUGAUGUCACAGACGAUAAUGUCACCUAUCUCGACAAAACCGUCACCUUGUGUGAUCCGGAUUUCAAUCAUAUACACGGACCAAAGAUUUAUAUGACCCUUAUAGCACUGGCGGCCUUUAUCAUCCCCACUCUAAUAAUUAUGGUAUGUUAUUGCUUCAUCAUCGCCGUUAUCAGCCGCAAUGACGAUGACGCACAGAGAGAACGAUCCAACUGGACGUUUGAAAGACAAGAAAGUUUGCUUAGUAACGUGACCGUAGAUUCGUCUCGUGGUUAUUCGUUGGGAAGACACAGAAACCCUAUCAUUGAACGAGCCAAAGUCAGGACCGUAAAGAUGACGGUCUUCAUUGUUUUAGCAUUUAUUAUCUGCUGGUGCCCCUACUUUGGGUUCAUGCUUUACCAGGUGUACGUUUCGGGGACACCCCACACCAGCACAAUGAGGGCUGUCACAUCCCUGGUCAGCAGCCUCUCCCCGCUCAACUCGGCAGUCAACCCGAUCAUCUACGGAAUCUUCAGUACCAGGAUCUGUCGAAAUCUAAGACGUGUGCCAUUUUUGAAACAUUUCGUGUGUUGUGGGCGACACAAGCGCCGCUUCGGGAGCAGAAUGUCGCAUACCUCACAAGUCGAAGGUGUUUUUCUGAAUGACGUUUCUUCUCUGAGGCGUCGCCAAAUGUCGGGAUCGAGGUGGAACUCCGAUCCCGACCAACGGAAUUCCAGGAGAACAAAUAGACCUCUGUUACACAGGUGCUCCUCUCUUUCGAUUGAGCAGCCAAAACAGGAAGUUCCGUCAAAUAAUCACUCCCAAACGUGUAGGUUGACGUGUAAGGCGAGGAAUGUGAAAGUUAGUUUGAAUAGAACAGACGAAAAAAAUAGAAGGUGCAUUCCUUUGCUGCACCGCGAACUCUCCGUAGAAGACGGCGAAAUACUACGAUCUCACACUGUAGUAAAACAGAUGUCAGACGAAGUGUAAAGACGUUUAUCUUAUAUUCCAUUUGAAUUUUGUGUGUUUUAAUUAUGUGAGAUAGAGUAGAUUGGAUGUGCAUUGAAAUCAAUCAUAAAUGCAAUGGUACGUUGAGAGGAACCGCAGACUGCUUCGUUUUGCAUUUUAAAUGGGAUUUCGUGUUGUGUUUGCAUUGAAUUUUUUAUAACAAAACAAAUUUAUGCCUGCGAAAGGAAAAUCUAAGAAAAAAAGUUGAUAUUUUUAAAGGGUUCUUUAUUUAGAGCUAAAAAAUGAGUGUUAAAUGUCUCUGUCAUUUUAAUAUAACAUAAAAAAGAAACCCGACCUUGAGAGAAAACAUUAUCAAACUCGUUCGUAUUUAUAAACAAUAAAAUGUUUUUUGUUGGCUUAUGUGCGCAAACUGUUGUAAAAACACGGGUUAUUCAACGUUUUAUUCUGUAAAGGUUGUAACCAAUUAACGUCAUAUGAACCAAGAAAGAAAACAUGUUUACAUGAAAAUCUUCUUAUGUGACGUUAUUUCAAGAAGAAAAAGUGUGUAAACUAUCGUUAUAGAUGAUACUGUUACAUACGGUAGAUAAAAGGAAUUGAUCUGUGCGCUGCGUUGAAGAUAGAAGAAG